UCGACCAAAACGAAAGUCCGUCUGAUGAUAUAAAUAUGUCGCGAGUCGUGUCUUUGCACUUGUGAACUACUCGCAGUAGCUCACAGGCCGAGAAUAUUCGGCAAAUCAAACCUUCGAAGAAACUCUUCAUCGUUUCCAGCCUGUGCGGAGCACGCGGAGGAAGAAAAACAGUCGCGAGGUCGACGCACAGCCAGGAUGGGGAUGCCAAGAAGGCUGUUGCUGUUUCUGAUUCUGCAGCUCAUGAUAAGAGGAUCAGCACCAGCGGAUGAUGGAGACGUCCGUCUGGUGAAUGGUGGAGGCUCCACCUGCUCCGGCAGAGUGGAAAUCUUCCAACGCGGACGGUGGGGGACAGUGUGUGACGAUGACUGGGGCCUGAAUGAUGCACAAGUGGUGUGCAGACAAAUGGGUUGCGGCAGGGCCCUGGAGGCCCCGAUGGAGGCUCGCUUUGGACCUGGCGGAGAUCCCAUUUGGAUGGACGAUGUCGAAUGCACCGGAAGUGAGGCAAAGCUGGGAGAGUGCCAGCACAGUGGCAUUGGGUUGCACAACUGUCGUCACACCGAGGAUGCCGGUGUUGUUUGUGAAGAUGACCAAGCUUCACUCGGACCCUCACACCUUAUUUGUGGUCUUGACAAAAUCCAAGUGGGUCUGAAUUCGCUUCGGGUAACAAACGCUGGUUACAACCCACGUUCUGGACACCUGGCAGACCCCAGCUGUACCUUGGCCUUUGAGGAGAGUGGCGUUGUGUGGUACGAGGCCGACACUGGGGCAGAGGCCUGUGGAAACACACUGAGGACCAACCAGACACACAUGAUGCACUCCAACACUCUCUUCAUCUACCCAACGACCUUGACAUUCUCUGUUCCGAAGAAACUUCUUUUCUUCUGUGCCUAUGCCCUUGACACAAACGGCAUGCUGGAUGCCGCCAUCGAACCGGCCCCGGCUGUGGAAGGUGGUCUGAUUAGGUGGAGUGACGAAUCGCCAUUCUCCAUGGUCUUGUUCCACAACUCGGAUUACACGGAGCCUUAUGCACCGGGUGUGGUCGUCCUUCCUGUGGGCUCACGUUUGUAUGUGGAGGUGGAUGCCUCUCUGUACAUCGGAAAUCGCACCUUGGUACUUGUUUUGGAGGAUUGCUUUGCUUCUCACUCCCCGGACCCUGCGACCGCUGAGCAAUACUCUCUCAUCCACGACAAAUGUGCCGCCAAUCCCCAACAAGUGUCGGUGGUCGAGAGUGGCGCAUCACGUCGGGCUCGUUUCUCUGCCCUCUUCUUCCCGCUUCAGGGAGCAAACCGAGAGGUUUUCUUCUUCUGUGGCGUCAGCCUGUGUAACCCCGUGAGGCGCUCUUGCGUUCCGCCUUGCGUGACGAGAGCACGCCGCUCUGUCUCAGACGCUGCCCCAAUGAAGCCACUCACCAUUGGCCCAAUCACUUGGAAGAAAUUAUCUGAGUGACAUCCCCGAAAAAAGGAUGACCUGGUUCGGCGGUGGGGCACACCCUCGGCCAUUCAGCAGUCAAACGCGGGCAACAAAUCAAUCAAUCAUUCACACUUUGAUUCAAACCUAUGAGUAAUUGAUUCACCGAGGAAUGUUUUUGAGAUGUGGCGGUGGGGGCAGGUGUGGCUGGAGAAUGCAGAGAAGAUCCACUCAAGCAUGAGGAGAAACUCCA